AUGUCCUUCAGCGCAUACCUCUACGUGUACCUUUUCGGGGGCGUAACCUUUUUACCAGUCGUUCUCAGCCUAUCACUCUUGUAUGUGUAUCUUACGCUACCUAGCACGAGUAGUGGCCGUAGGCUCGCUGGGGACCGUGGCUCGAGUCUACUCAGGAAUGGGGAUGAGAAGGCUGUGUUGAGGUCUGGUACGGACGACCUUGCGGAAAAGUUCCUGCGCAAGCAUGAGUCGGAUGUUGCGGCGGGAUAUUUCGCAGUAUGUCGCGAAUAUGUACCCGGGGGCGUCAAUGGUAAGCCUCCAGAAAGGCUGUCUCCCGCAGGCGAAACUGUGGCGUCCGAAUCACCAAGUGUCUACCAGACCAUGUACCGAAGCAUAUUCGACAGGGUGAACAAACCAUCUAUAGAGCCGAACAAGGACGGAGCGGGAAAGUCUGUCAAGCGAACCAACAAUGUCUUCUAUGUCGUGUUGAGGCACGGCCAUCUCAUGCUUUACGACGAUAUCCAGCAGCUCGAAGUUCGUCACGUAAUAUCCUUAGAGUACCACGACGUCGACAUCUACGGCGGCAGUGAUGAGGCAAUUCCCGAGCCAGAGCUAUGGAUCAAGCGGAAUGCGAUACGGCUUAAGAGAAAGAAGGUGCACAUCGGCGACAAAUCAUCCCUUCCUUUCUACCUGUUUAGCGAGAAUCUUUCGGAGAAGGAAGACUUCUAUUUCGCACUUUUAAACAACAUGCAGAAGAAUCUGGGCGAGAGUUCACCACUGCCGCAGGAGUUCGACACAUCUCACAUUAUCGCUCUGGUACAAAGGCUGCACUCUUCCGAAGAGCAGCUGCAAACACGCUGGCUGAACGCCCUUCUCGGCAGACUCUUCCUAUCAGUAUACAAGACGCCGGAAGUUGAAGCGAUUAUUCGGCAGAGACUGACCAAGAAAAUAGCUCGCGUUAAAAAGCCAGACUUCAUCACCAAGCUCGCUUUACAAAAGAUAGAUACAGGGACCGGAGCACCGUUCUUCACCAACCUUCGGCUUAAAGACCUCACUGUCAACGGCGACUGUACGGUCGAAGCAGAUGUUGAGUAUUCGGGAAGCUUCCGGGUCGAGCUUGCUGCUACUGUCCGCAUCGACCUAGGCAAGCGGUUGGGCGCGAGAGAGGUUGACAUCGUCCUGGCUGCAACGUGCAAAAAGCUAUCGGGUCAUGUUCUGGGCCGGCUGAAGCCACCACCCAGUAAUCGUUUGUGGGUGAGCUUCGACAAGGUGCCAAAGGUCGAAUUAAAGCUUGAACCAAUUGUCAGUUCCCGACAGAUUACGUAUGGUUUCAUCCUUCGAGCUAUCGAAAACAGGAUUUUGGAGGUCAUUGCUGAGACGAUUGUACUGCCCUUCUGGGACGAUAUUCCCUUCACACAAACUACAGGCGAACGCUUCAGAGGCGGGAUCUGGAAGAAAGAUAUUUCACCAGAUGAAAGCACGGAGAUAAAGGACGAGGUAGCUGAAGACGAAGCCGAGGCAGGGGCGGAGGCCAAAGAGCAUUCGAUUAACAAAGACGAACGCAUAAUGAGCAUGCCGGUGCUCGCUGAUAGUGCACAGGCAGCAAAGACAGCAGCGAAACAAUCCCUGGCGUCCUUAAGGGAUAGUCUGCCGGAGAGUCGUGAUGUCAACAAGACACCAGACCGUAUACCUCGACAAGCACCACCUCGAAUCUUGCGCUCGUCUUCUUUCGCAAGUGCCGCAGACCCGAAAUUGUCGCCAAGCCAUGCCCCUGCCGAGUCUGCGCCGAUUGACAUGAAGGCAGCGUCAAAAAGAGAUAGUAUGCUGAAAGACCUGUCUGCCCGCUCUCUAGGCACCUCACCCGAGCUGACAGGGCAGUCACCACCGAAAGAUGGACAGACAUAUGUCGACGAUACACGCAACGGGGCUGACAGUACAACUCCCAACCUUCUCAGCGAGUUUGGGCAAAAUCUUCGUCGCGACACUGCCGAUACAGACUCGACACUAAUUGGAAGCACAAUUUCUACAACUGCUGAUGAGGGUUCAGAUGCUAAGCGUCUUUCCUUGCACGAAGAUGCCAAAGCUCAUGCUUCGCCUGGUACCACUAGAUAUGACCACCAAAAGACUAUCGCGAGUAUCAACGCUGCCAAGGAGGCUGCCCAGAAAUGGAGCUGGGGUGUCCUCGCACGUAACCGGCAAAAGGAGGCUGAAACACGCUCAAUACACGGUACGAUUGAUAGCGUAGAUACUUCACAGCCGAUGGGCAGGGGACAACCGUUGCCGCCACCUGGCAUGCCUCUGCCUCGACCAACGAAGCCAAGCAUCUUUUCAUUGCCAAAGAAGAAGCCUACAGUUUCUGGCUCGUCACAUGCGGACGAAAGCUCCACUAACACCACCAGUACGCCGAGCGACUCACCACCAAAACCGCCUGCAUUGCCAGAGCGCCGAAGACGACAGAGUCAGCUCAAUCUGCAGAACACGGAUGGCCACGACGAGGAUUUACUUGUGGUUGAGGCACCGCAGGAGUCUGCCCCAACAAGUCCUCUUCCUGCGGGAACCCUCAAAAGCCAUGGCUAUAAUACUACCCUUCUCGAGCGAACACCGGAGAAUUUGUUGCAUAAUCAAGGGGCAGGCAUUGUGGCAGGAGGCGACACCAUUGAGUUCUUCAGGCGCUAUGAUCGGACAGGCAAGCCUGUUGCUGUACCCAGCCACAAACGGCUAUAUCUAAACAAGAAGGGAGAUGUCAUUCAUGAAGAGCUUAACCGUCAGAACAUGACAAGUUGGGAUUUGGCAUACUACUUGCUUCGAGCGAACUAUGACCGUGUUGACAGUCCUUACUUAUCUGAUGCCAAGCUGCCAGAGGUACGACGCGGAGACGGUGAAGUCACUUACCGCUACGGUUGCACAGUGACAAGUAUCAAAGAUGAAGGCGAUAAGGUUCGGGUGCACUUUCAGCGGCGACAGCCCGAUGGAAAACAGAUUGACGAUGAGAUGGUAGCAGAUCUUGUUGUGGCUGCAGACGGACCAAGCUCAACCAUACGAGGUAUGUUCGAACCAGAAAUCAAGCGCAAGUAUGCAGGGUAUUGUGUGAUUCGAGGUACUGUCCCAGAGCUUGAAGCAACACAGAUGGCUCGGGAAGUCUUCACAGAACGCUUCUGCUUUUAUCACGCCCCAGGUAUACAGAAUCUGACAUACACGAUUGCUGGUGAAAAUGGCAACACCAAGCCAGGUCAUCGACUGCUGAACUUCGUUUGGUAUGCCAACUUUCCGGAAGGUUCCGAUAACCUUGAGAAGCUCAUGACGGAUAAAGAGGGACGAAGAAGACACAUCACUAUACCGCCAGGCAUGAUCGCGUGGGACGCAUGGGAGAUGGUCAAGCGCCUAGGUCGUGACAGGCUGCCACCACAGAUGGCGGAAAUGGCUGAGAAGACCAAAGCUCCAUUUGUACAGUGUAUCACAGAUGUGAUCACUCCGAAGAACCUGUACAUGAACGACAAAGUCAUACUGAUUGGGGAUGCGUUAGCAGGAUUUAGACCACAUACUGUCGCAAGCACUAGUCAGGGAGCUUUCAACGCCAUGAGUUUGGUCGACUGGCUGGAUGGGAAGAUCGAUCGAGAGCAGUUUGUGAAACAGACAAUGCAAUUUGCCAGGGAAAUCCAAGCAAUGGGAGUGAGAAUUGGCAACCGAAGUCAGUUCGAAGAAUUGCCAGUAGAGGAGUACAUUGCAGACAGGAAUUUUGCAAGCAUUAAGAGGCAAGACAGAGUCUAUCCAGAAUGGACGCUCGAGGGUCUUGACAAGAUAUGA